AUGGGGUUCUCAGGACUUUUACCAAUCCUGGUACCUUUCAUCCUCCUGGAGGGUGUCCAGGAACCUGGGCUGGUUGAGGCGUUUCACAGUAAGUACUGGGGACGUGGUCCUCCCAGUGGAGAAACAGAGCUUGUCUGGGAGGAAGAAACAGAGAGUUUUACAGAUAAGGAAUGCUUUUCCCCACCUCAGCCUGAGAUCUUGGGGAACCACCAAAUACAGGAAAACCGAGUGAUCAGAAUCAUUCUGGAGGAAAGCAUCUCUCUCCCUGGAAACUUAUGGGUGGUGGGUUUAAGGAUCAGACGUGAAGUGAAAGCAAGCUUCUUUACCUCUGCAGUGGUGCCUUGGGUCUGGGAAAGGAGGGCUUUAGCCCCUUCAAGGCCCCAGAAGAGUUUAUCUUUCCCUCCCUCAGGCGCGUGUCCCAAAAACAGAGUAAAAUGUGCGAUUGAAGAAAGAAACCAAUGUGUGAAGAACAGAGAGUGCCCGGAGAAGAUGAAGUGUUGCAGGUUUGGCUGUGCAAGGCAAUGUUUAAAUCCCAAACAAGACGUAUGCAUUUUGCCAAAAGAGCCUGGCCGCUGCUUGGCCUACCUUCCACGCUGGUGGUAUGAUGCGCAAAAUAAAGUCUGCUCCCAGUUCAUCUAUGGCGGUUGCCAGGGGAACAGUAACAACUUCCAGUCUCAAGCUGUCUGCCAGGCCAUCUGCCCCAAAAGAAGUAAGUCCCAGGGGCUCCAAUCUCCCACACUUACCUGGGCCGCCCUGGGAGGCCUGGGUAUUGUCUGGUCCAUUCCAGAAACUCAGCAGGCUUGGGAUGGACAGAACCAGUCCAAUCAGGAGGUAAGGAUACACCUUACAGAGGGGUAAGUAUGUUUCGGGAAAGGGAAGGUGGGAAGGGGAGCAGUAGCCAAAGGGAUGUGGGCAAGUAGGAAAUGAAUAAGGGGUACUCGAGGAGGAAGCCGAAGUGGUGGAGUAUCUGAGACCAAGUCAGAAUAAAGCCCAGUGAACCAGCCCGGGGCGUACCAUGCAUCAGCCAGUCACCCCAGGCCUUAACCUCUCAUCAAACCUCAUCACCAGUUCUCUUUUUCUUUUUUUAAGGUGACUAUAGCCAGGACAACCACACGCUUUAUUGACCAAAGCAAGAUGCUUUUAAGAGCGAAAGGAGAUGCAAUUAAUUAUUACACUGGGACAACAAGCAUAAGCUGGGAGUCUACUGGAAAAACCAGAACACAUGAUCACUCUAUGAGCCCCCGAAGGCACUCUUCUUCUGUUUCCUCUCCCUAAAAAGAUAGAAAAAUGAUCCUAUCUCCUUUUUUCCAUUAUGUGUAAUUCUGGGCCCUAAGGUGAGCAGGGUCCAAGAAUCUCACCAGGACAUCAUUUUCUAUCCUGCUGUCUUGCAGAGUCAUUUGGCUAGCUGGGAUAAGGAGAGCUGGAACAACCUCCAGGGUUUGGCUCAUCAUCCAGGGAUCUCUCCAGGUGUGCCUGACUGAUGCUGUAUAUGGUUUCCAUUGGCCAAAUCUCAGCUGCCAAGACCUUGGCCGUCCCCCCAAAGAACAGCACCAUUUGCUUCCUCCCUUUUCUCCUGCUCAGCAUCCCUUCAGACAUAAUGCCCUUCACCCUUGGACCCCUUCUCAGCGUGUGACCCUGUCUCUUCCACUUUCAGGGCCCUCAUUUAUCCUUUGGAAGCCUCCAG